CACUUUUCCUUUCCCUCCACGCCCACUCUCGGACCAAACGAUAUUAAAGUUUGCAACCCAAACUGAUCGCUCCAACUUCAACUUUUGCGACAACCACUCCUUUCUCACUAAACAUUCUCAGUUGCGGGUAAAAGUACGGUUAUGACACUUUGAACAUGUACAUCAAACAGGUUGUGAUCGAAGGUUUUAAGAGUUAUCGAGAGCAAAUUUCCACAGAGCCUUUCAGCUCUAAAGUGAACUGUGUUGUUGGUGCUAAUGGAUCUGGGAAGACAAACUUUUUUCAUGCCAUCCGUUUUGUAUUAAGUGAUCUCUUUCAAAACCUACGUGGUGAAGAUCGACAGGCACUACUCCAUGAAGGAGCUGGACACCAAGUUUUAUCUGCUUUUGUGGAGAUUGUCUUUGAUAAUUCAGACAACCGUAUCCCGGUUGACAAGGAGGAAGUGCGAUUGCGUCNAAUUAUAUUCUUUUUCACUUUUCCUUUCCCUCCACGCCCACUCUCGGACCAAACGAUAUUAAAGUUUGCAACCCAAACUGAUCGCUCCAACUUCAACUUUUGCGACAACCACUCCUUUCUCACUAAACAUUCUCAGUUGCGGGUAAAAGUACGGUUAUGA